CUUGACAUAUCAAAACUUGGCUAUAUUAAAGGGUUAAUUAGUGAUUAAAUGAAAAUUUGUUAAAGGAGUCUAAUUGGACUUCUAAAAAUCAAAUAUUACAAUAAAAAAAUAUAAUAAUGUAGACAAAAUCCGAUUUGAUUGCGAUGCACAUGAGGCUGUAUAGAAGUUACUCAGAGGUUAAUUUCUCAAAAUUCUCGCUACUUCAACAUAAGUACAUAACCAUUACUCUAUUUCUUUUCUAUAAAAGCAUUAAUCAUCACUCUUCUCUUCUACAGUUCUACACUUCUACUAGUCACUUGUUCACUUUACCCUUCUUGAGGCUUCUUCCAUUAAAAAAAAAAACAAAAAAGCAACUUUCCCUUCUCUCUGUUCAUCAAUGGCGGACGACAACGAUAAGAAGACGAAGACAUACACAGGAACAAUGAAGCGUAUCGACAAACAAGGCAAAGGGUACAUAGUUCCAGACAUGGAGGUCAUUGCUUCUCCAUCUUCUCUCUCCUCGAACACCAUCAAAGAAGGCGACCGAGUAAAAUUCAGCAUCAAAUUUAGUGAAUCAAACCCUCAAUUUGAAGCAAUUGACAUUGUCCCAAUAAAAACCCAGUGUUUCAAAUGCAGAAAAUUCGAUCAUACCACUAAAGAAUGUCGUAAAGGGUUUCAAAUUUCUAGGGUUAGAUGUUAUCGAUGUGGGUUAAUUGGGCAUUUUGCUAGGAAUUGUGAUAAGAAGAGUUCUUCUCCUGGGUCCUCUAAUGGCGGACUAGGGAGUAGAAGUUUGUCAGUGGAGUCCACUUCGAGUUCAGUGGUUUGUGUGAAGAAGAGAGAGGAUGUGAAGAAGGUUGAAGAGGUUGAGGAUUGCUUUAUAUUGGAGUUUGAUCCUAAUGAAGACAGCAAUGGCCGAGGCGGGGCCGAUACCGAAAGGAAGAAGAAGGAGAAGGAGAAGAAGAAGGAGAAGAUGAAGGAGAAGAAGAAGGAGGAUUGUGAGGUAAUAAGGUCAAUUGUAUGUGUGAAGAAUGCAGAAGAUGUGAAGAAGGUUGAGGAAGUUGAGGAUUGUUUUAUAUUGGAAUUUGAUCCUAAUGAACCUCUUAACUUUUCUAACUUGUCUUUAUCUGAUAACAACUCUGAAGAUGUGUCUAUUUUGGCGGCAAAAGGGCAGGUGGCUUGUAAGGAUUAUCCACAUCCAAGGCACCUGUGUGCCUCAUACCCUAUUAAGACAACUCUUCAUGAGAAUCAUUGCAAAAUGUGCUAUUGCUAUAUAUGUGAAGAACCUGCACCUUGCGAUGUGUGGACUGGUACAAGCGUCAACCCUUUCUUCAGGCACUGUGCCGCUAAAACAACUGACUCUCCAUUAUGGGAUAAAUUAAAGGAGCAACGGAAGAAGCAGACUAUGAAAGGUAAAACAUCAAAUAGAGACGAAACUGCUAGUGAAUAACUUUUCUUAUGUACCUUUUUUACAGUCAAACUCAGAUGCUGAGUACCACAUUGUUAUAAUGGUAAUCUUUAAUUUUGUUACAUAAAAAAUGAUGUGCAAUCACUAUAUUAAUCAGCUUGCUUUUGCAUAAUUUGCUGAUAUGAGCUCUCCAAUGCAUAUAGUUUGGUUAAAGGAGUUGUAAUAUACUUAGCCUGCUUUAUAUUGAGAAGCACAUUUUAAAUUAAGAGUACUCUGUCUCGUACAUAUGACUUAAAGUAAUUGUCAAAGGUUUUCUUUCACAUUCCAGUCCAGUGCACAUGAAUACCCGUUUUGUUUUUUUUAGCUAAAAUGUUUACAUAAAAGCAAUAGUUUUUGUUGGUUAAUUCAAUUGCAUUGCUACUGUUAUAUGUGUGAUAUAGCCUCGCCUCGUGGAAAAGACUGAAGGAUUUAGAAUCCUGGAUCAAGCCAUUGUUCUACUCAUAAAUUUCAAGUCUGGAGGACACAUAGGGACCAAGAAGAGGCUGAAGUGCUGAACAAGGGGUGUAUAUAUUACAGCAAGGGCUACAUAGAAAGGUCAUGAGUACAAGGGGUAUGUAUUAUAUCAAGGGCUUGUGAGAGGGGAUUAAACCCUGACAAACUUCAUAAGAAUCGGUGGCUACAAUAUCAUUGGGUAUUUGACAGCAGUAAAUGUGAAGAACAGGGCAUUCUUUGGACAUUGUUUCUACCAAAGGGGUAAGCCGGGUAACUGUGGUUUGGAAAACUGGUGGUUGAUAAUCUUGGUAUAGUUAACACGCCAAUUUUGAGUUAUAUACUGGAAAUUUGUCUGUGCUAAGGGCAGGGCCGCAGGGGUGGGAUAUCUUUGGAUGUGGUUUUGUACUUUAUGGUGGCAAUGUGACAUUUAGAAGAGCCUGAAGGAUGGGGCCCUUGUGAGUUGCUGUUGUGAGCCAUUAUGAGUAGAUGCCUCAAAGGCCCUCAAUAGAUUUUGUGAAGGUAGAUGUGAAAACGGCAUAAAUUGUUGAUCUUUCAUCCUGGUGUUGAUCCCUACUAUCCUUUCAAAAUAUUGGAGCUUUUCAUUACUGAAAGUACCUUGUACGUAUAUCAUCAAGAUCUGCCAGGUAAAUUUGUCAUUGAACUCCUUUGAACCCAAAAAAUCAACAUAAAGCAAUAACAUGAAGUUUAUUACUGGUGGAUAGUUUUAGGCAUCAGUUUCCGUAGGGCUUAUCAACAGAUCUAUUGCUUCAUCUUUGGAGUUAGAAUUGAGUGGAGGCAUAGCUUGACAAGCUGUGUUUCAAUUGCAGUUCUGUUUGCUACGUCCAUGACAUACACACGGAAGCAGUUGUCGGGUGUAAAAAUUGAUGAAUAUGAACCUAUUUAUUGAUAGAGAAACUAGGAGGAAACUCAAGCAUAGAAGCAGAAAGGUAAAAUAAGAAUAUAUGAUGCUGUUUAACAACCAACUAUAAUUCAGAAAGUUUCAAACUUUCUGUUGCAAAUUGCUGCAAUUUGGAUGUUACUGAUUUGAGUCUGCUCAUUAUUGCAGAUAAGCCACUUUUUGCUGCUAUGCCCAAAUUUUUGUAAAGCUCUAUUCUUGAUCAAUUUAUCCCAGGGAAGAACCGAAGAUCUGGGUUGAUACAAAUUUUUUUAUAUCAAUAUGUUCACUGUAAUUAGUACUCUAUAGAUGCCAACUGAAUGUUGCAUUCUGUUUUAAGAUUAUUUGUCUUAGCAAGGUGUCUGUGCCUUUUGGAUCGUGGCAUUGACUUGUUUAGUUAUGGGUUAAUCAACAUGAUAUCCAAUUGUCAAUUUAUUAUUAAGAUCAUAUCUGUACUGUAAAGUUGGUCAAUUAUAAUGGUAAAUUUUGAAUUUUUUUCA